AAAAAAAUUAUACGAUUGUUUCUCACAAAAUGAUAAUUUUAAAAAAUUGUUUAGACAAAAGAAAAAAACUCAAAAUUUAAAAUCCAUUUUAGAUACAUUCAAGACUCCCGAGUCCGGACCUUACCCUUAGCCAUAUCUAACACAUUAAAAUAAAUUAUCAAGUUGUUUCUCACAAAAUAACACUUUUAAAAGAUGGUUUCCAAAAAAAAAAAGCACAAAAAUUUAGAAUGCAUUUUAGAUAUAUUCACACAUGAAAAUUUUCAGGUCUAGGUUCGAUUCUUACUAGACCCGCACAUCCCCUCCCUCCUGAGUCCUGGCUCCUAGUACCGACGCUCAAGCAUUUAGGAUACUAGACGUGCACACUCUUUUCUCACUCUCGCUCCAACAGCUCCCCCCAAAAACACACAAAAAUGGAGGAAACCAGCGAAUGCGAUUCACAGACAAUGGAAGCCAUUGCCGCAAAGCCCUCGACUAAUACAACCUCAACCUCACCCUCACCUGAAACCCAAACUCUAUCAAAACGCGCCCAGAAAAAGCUUUUAAAGCAGCAAAAAUACGAGGUAAAGAAGGCAGAGAAGAAGGCCGAAGCAAAAGAGCACAAGAGGAGAGAGAAAGAGCGUAAGCAGAAAGAAUGGGCGGAUAAACUCUCCGCCAUUUCUUCCGAAGAAGAAAAGCUCAAGUUAAUUGAGUCAAGAAGAGGGGUCAGAAAGGAGAGAAUGGAGAAAAGGUCAGAGGAGAGAGAAAAAAAGCUCGACCGCCUUUCUUUGGCUAAAAUUCAUGGUCAAAAUAUUGUUAUUGAUCUUGAAUUCUCUCAUCUUAUGACCCCUAAUGAACUUAACAGCCUUGUUCAACAGAUAAUGUAUUGCUAUGCAGUUAAUGGUAGGUGCACUUCCCCAGGCCAUCUUUGGUUGACGGGAUGUGAAGGUAAUAUGGAAAGCCAUUUGCAGAGACUUCCAGGUUUUGACAAGUGGAUCAUCGAGAAGGAAAAGCGAUCUUAUAUUGAAGCUUUGCAAGAGCAGAAAGAGAGUCUGGUUUAUCUAACUGCUGAUGCAGAGACCAUUUUGGAUGAUUUAGACCCCAAGAAAAUAUAUAUCAUUGGUGGUUUGGUAGAUCGGAAUAGGUGGAAAGGACUAACAAUGAAGAAAGCUCAAGAACAAGGUAUCCAAGCAGCAAGGCUUCCUAUUGGGAAUUACUUGAAGAUGUGUAGCUCACAGGUUCUCACGGUAAACCAAGUGGUAGAGAUACUUCUCAAGUAUCUGGAGAUGAGAGACUGGAAGUCAUCUUUCUUUCAGGUGAUUCCUCAGAGGAAACGAUGUGAAGCUGGCUCAGAUGAUCAUAAUAAAGAAUUAGAAGAUGAGGAGAAAACAGAGGAUAAUAGCCAAAAGAAAAUUAAAUUGUCUGAAACGGAUAUGGAGGCGAACGAAAGAGAAGUGGUAAAUGGUGAAUGCGAGAUGGAUAAUAUUACCAUACUGAAGGAAGAUAUCGUUUAAAUAGCGACCAAUUUCUUUUUCUUUUUGCCUUUGUUGUAUUUUCAUAUUAACCCUUCCCUUCCCCCCCCCCCCCCCCUUCUCCCCUUUUGGUGGGGCUAAGUUUUGGAUCAACUUCACUCAUCUGGCAGGAUCUUGUAAUCAAACAUCAAUAUCUUUUAGUUUCAUCUGAUUUUCUUCAA